UACGGGAUCCCAACUAUUAUAUGUCCCUACUUAAAAACAUGUUACGGAUGAUUGUCAGGUGUUUGUGAGAAUAUCUUUAAGAUUCGCACUGACAAUGAUACUGAUGCCAGCAAUAUAGAAGAUAUAUUGCAUAUACUAGCAAAACACCAGCCUGAAGUAUUGAGUAUCAUCUUACUAAAUACUGUAACAGAGGAAGAGGCUCAAGAUCAAAUUAAAUCAAUGAAAUUGUGAAAAGGUCCUCAAAUAGACGAAAUCGUGAAUGAACAAGGUGCAUCUGAUGGCACACGGGGUUGUUUUUCAAACUAGGUGAGCUAGGAAUUACAGAUGGAUUUCUAAUUUGAUGGUACACAAAAUACAUACCUCGUAACAUGAAAAAGCAUUUUUUAAUAAUACCCGAUAUGACAGCAACUUUGAUAUGCAUUGUACUGUGUUCUACACUGCUUGCCUCAACAGAGGGUGUUGUGAAAGGCUACAAGGAAACGAUUUGCGUACAAUGUACCUCUCUGAAUGUUAAAACCACAUGUCAGGACUUAACAAGUUUGGGAUAUAUAGAGAUUGAAAGUGGAAAGUACUGUCCUGAUGCUGGAUUUGAAAACGAACUUGAUAGUGAAAAGAAUCGAUUAUCAAAUUUUGGCUCAGCUUUUACAACAGCGGAUCAUUGGAGAAAAUUUGAACAGAAAAUUAGGCACACUCUUGGAAAGAGCAGACACUGGUAUCUUGUAAAAAAAGAAAAGAAACACGAAACGCACUAUGACUUUUAUGUAUUGGUUCAUCUUAAGCCAUUGAUAGAGAGUGUUCAAAAAGCCACAGAAAAAUGGGCCAUAGUAGUAAAAAGUGCGUACCACUGGACUAAAUUUAAAGAGGUGUGUCGUAAAUUAAAACUAGAGUAUAGAAAGAGAAAUGAUGCUGAAAAACAGCACUACGGAAAGUACAAAAAGAUCCUGAAAUUACUUCGGUCUCUUCUCGCAUUUUCUGCACUUCGGCGCUGACAGUAUGAAAGAGAUAUUCUCACAAGCUUGCAUAAAGACAGAACCCGAUGGUUGCAAACGUAUAUGCUGCAACAGAAUUCUUCUGCAAAGACAGCCGAUAAUCAAACGGAGAAAGCAUAUUCAGAUAUACACUGUACAGAGCAUCUGCCCUUGUUCUUCGGUGGAAUAGGAAUCGGCAGCAUACUGGGUGUUAUAAUUGGAGCAUGUGUCUUCAAAUGUAUAAGGUCAAGAUGUAUCCAGAUUAUGAGGUCCCAAAAUACAGACGCAUCAGAAGAAGAACAAACUUUUCCAGAAGGCUGUGAAAAAAAAAUGCCAUCACGACGUGGACUUUUCAAAAAGGAUAUGGACGAAACGCUCACGGAAAAAGAUGUACAAUCUAUCAUGGAAACGAUGAAAUCAGUUGGCGUUUUCCGUGUCAGUAAGAGGGCAGUUGGAACUGUAGUAAGAGUAGGCGAAAAAUCCGUCCUUACAGCCUGGCAUAUACUGGAACGAACAGUUUGUCCUCCUGGAAAGUUCAAUAUAGACGGUAAGGCAGAUCUUGAAGUGUACCCACAAUAUUUAAAGGAUAUUGAUGUGGCAUUUAACGGGAAAUCAUUUGGCGUUUUACCACACAUUCCAUUUUUCGACAGAAAUUUAGACAUAUGCCUUCUUGAGCUUAUUGUAACCGAAGGUGAAGCGAGCCAUCUUCCACCACCAACAAGCCUUUACAGGGACUUCAAGACAAUGAAAUGGUUUGGUACAGAGCCUCGUUGCGUUCACGUUAUUGGGCUUCAUCCAGUUACCUCCGAAAUAGUGUUGGAUCCAGGAUGCAAAAUAAUUUCUCCCGAUGACAAAAUUGUACAGAAAGCCAAAAAAUGGACAUAUAGCAACAAGAUGUAUAUUGAGAUGAAUUUUCAAGGUAAAGAAAAAGUUAACAUUGAUGCUACUUAUGCGGAUGUGUUAAAUACUGAAACCAAUUUAAUAAUCAACACCUACUUAGAAUUUGGUGGUAGUGGUGGCGCAGUGCUAGCAUUCACACAUGACAGAAAGGUGGCUUUAGUUGCCAUUCUUCUAAAAGGUCUUCCUCCAUGGUACUGGAACAUGAGACAAGGAUGUGAAUUUCCGAAGUAUCUCAGGAUGGAAGUCGGUUGCCAUAUAACUUCAAUUCUUGGGUCACCAAACUGGACAGCUGAAGAAAAGAAGAGAAUAUUUGAAGAAGAGAGCAUGGAGACAGAUUUUUAUUCAGAUGAAAAUAUAGAGAAUUCUGUGUCCAGACUAUGCAUCGACUAAAUCAGGAUUAAAGGGAACAGAAUAUCAUUGUGUAGUCGGUCAAGAAAUCAUCUGGCAUGAAAUGUCUAAGUUUCAUAGAUCACAGUAAUUGCUUUUGAGCACACAUUUAAAAGUUUGCACAAAUGUUGAUACUUUACAGUACACACGUAAUACAAAUGCGCUUAUUUUGUACACGUAACAUGUCACACAAGGCUGAUAAAGCUUAAAGUACUUGAGCAGUUUAUAUAUUCGGCACUGUAUGGAAGCUUAUUUCUGCUUCUUUUUUUUAUUACAUAUCUGUAUAUUUGUACCUAAGUAGACAAUAUUGCCUAUAAUUAUAACUUGUUAUCUUAUCAUCAGCGUAAUGGGAUUUUAUAAAUUUAGUUUUUGAUUUAUUUUGAUUUAUGAUUACGAUCGAAGUUUGGAUGAUAUUGUCAGAUUAUUCAUGUAAAAUGAACAAAUUUGUUAUUAUUUAGACGUUAAUAUUAACAAAGUAGUGAACGCGCACAAUAGUUAUUGAAAUGAAAUGAAACAUAUUUCUGACUUAUACAGACAUUGAUUCUCAAAAAUGUCUUAAUAGUACGCAAAACAUGAUAUAUUACUGUUUUUAAGUAACAAAUAAUAUUUUAUUUUCUGCAAUAUAAUGGAAAAGAUGCAUCGUGUCUGUUAAUUUCACGCUAAUGGGACAAGUUGUUUAAUAUUCUCUAGCUCAUUCGAACCGGUAUUAAUUGUGCAAAGGAAGUGGUUCUGACAAACGUUCCACAUGAACCUCGCAAUGAAAAACAUUUUUUGGUUUUGAUUCUCGAGCACAUAUUUAAGGUAUUUGAUUACCGUGUUGUCAGUUUGAUGUAAAUGCUUCAUAUAAUGAAGAAAGAAUGUGUUGAUAUUCUAUUAUAUAUAGUGCUUUUGUAUUUUCAAUUCACAUAUCUGAAAAAAUUUGUUUUUAUACUAAUCAAGAAAGUAGUAUCAUCCCUAAUAGAUUUGUAGUAUCCGUUUUCAAACUGCGUUUCUUUUUAGCUCACCUGACUCAAGGUGAGGUUUUAUGACCUGUCGAUGUCCGUCGUCCGCCGUGUGUCAACAAUUUCUAAAAAAUAUUUCUUCUUGGAAAUCACUGAACAGGUUUACACCAGACUUCACAGGAAUGAUCCUUGGUUGGCCACCUUCAAAAUUGCCCAAGAAAUUGAAAUCCAUGCAGAACUCUGGUUGCCAUGGCAACCGAAAGAUUAAACUUUAAAAUUCUUCUAAAACAUCAAAGCAUAGAGCCUUGAUAUUUGCCUUGUGUCACCGUCUAAUGGUCCUCUAUGAAAAGUGCUCAAGUAUGCCUCUGGGGUGAAAAGAGGCCCCGCCCCGGGGGUCCCAGGUUUUACAUAGACUUAUACAGGAAAAAACUUCUUGUCUGAAACCUAGGCCUUUAUAUUUGGUAUGCAGCAUUGUCACGGUGUGUAUGCAUAUCGGAUCCCUCUCUGUGGAAGAUGAGAAAACGGAUCCCUCUCUGUUCGCGCACAGGACCUUGUAUGUAGUAAACAAUGAAAUUCAACGUCUCCGCUUCGGAAGUGAAGUUGGAAAAUCAUUUUUUUUGUCCUGAACACAUGUUUGUGCAUAAGACAUAUGAACUACGGGAAGAUGUAGCUGUCUACCAUUACUUUUUAAUCGUUACAUUUUUUUAUCAGUUGACACAAGUCCAGACGAAAAUGGAAUGUAGACGUAG